CCCAUAGCUGAAAUCCGAUUCUCUGUGCAAAUUCUUCUUGCUGACUUCAUGCAUCAUCUGAUGAUGUCAUACUGUUGGAGGCGGUGCCCACCGCUACGGUGGCCCUGUAAGAACCAUUUGGAAUGGUAAUCAAUAUAGGCGACUAUAGCGCAAACUGGCAUAGGAUGGCGUUGAAAUAUUUCUCCAUGAUGUGCCAGGACCAAGCUGCGGCUAUUUUUAUGAGGCGCAUUUUCCAUCACAGCAGCCCAGGAGAUGUCACCGCCCCGAUGUUCAGUGGCUUCUAGGAAUGGCAUGGCUCGGGUCCAGAUCCUUAGAGAAUGGCCAGGGCGCUCCUUCACCUGCUGCAGCGGGCGUCUCCAGAUGUCACUGCUCAGCAGCCAAUGGGAUCGCUGGAUUUGAACUUGAAAGGAAACCAACGGUCAGUGGUCCUCAGACCGUUACAGGACGACGAGAGGUGAAGAUGGACGCCGAUCGCGCUAUGAUUUCUCCAAUUCUGGACGAGUACAGGAUUAGAGCAGGCCGCACUUCUCUGGAGGACAUCUACUGCCUCCAGCACUGCAUCUAUGGCCUGACACCCUUCAUAACUUAUCCCCGCACCGUGGAGGAGAGAGACCAACAACGUCUCAUCUACUGCAUGAAAUUCCUCCCGUCUCCAAUAUUCAAGAUGGAGCGCCUCAUGCCGACCAACCCAGAAGCUCAGAGGAAAUACCUGCCGUUUCCACUGGAGGAAGAAGAUCCAGAGCCGGCAUUGAUGAUGGCAAGCCACCUGUGUGAAGAUCUGAAGGUGAAGGAGGCCCAAAGAGAGCAAGAAGAGGCAGAGACAUCCCAGGAGCUUCAGGAUGAGACUACUGAGAAGAAGGAUGUAAAGAGCAAGAACCUGAGAAGAGUUCAGCAUUAGCCUGGAAGAAGACAGAAGAUCCGCCAGCCAACCACCUUCCAGUAUGUCAACACCAACCUGAGAGGAAAGAAGAACAUCCUCAGGACCAUCCUCUUCAAACCAUUCUGCCGGUGAAGGAUGGUAAGGAGCUGUAAGACCACCAGCAGCA